GUACAUACCAGUUUUCUAUAGCCGCUGAACAGGUAACACAGGUGCUUUAUGGAUGUCCACUACUUCCUGCUUUCCAUGAUGCAACCAAUCUGCUUAAGACGGUCAGGAUGAAAUCAUCCAGUGCAGCAGCCAGACUGCAGCAGAGACAGGUGUAAUCCCUGUUGGUGCAGAGGACAAAGAGAACAACUGAAAUAAUUUCUAUAGAGUUUGACCUGGGACAAUAUUCUGACCCAAUAUUUUGUAACUAUGUCUCCUAUGAGGUUGAAGUGGAUUUACUCUGGAGUCCUUGCUGUCUUCUGUCUUACUGCUGCUGUCUGGAUCUUCAGGUCCGGCAGGAUGUUGCAGGCCGGGUCUCAGACAUACCCUCUGGUGAAACUAUCGGUGAAACCGUCUGUGAGACCAUAUGUGAAACCAACCGUGCCUCAGAACACUUCAGGCUUUACAGUUCUGAAAGGAGAACCAGCAUCUCUGGUGGAGGUCAACGGCUCCAGAACACUGCUGAUUUCGGCUUAUUUGGAGCACAGAGCAAAGCCAAAAAAGGUCCUUGUCAUUGCAAUGAGGCUCCGGAAUGAGAAAGUUACCCUUCAGUGCAACCUAGUCUGUGAGGAGAAGUUUUACGUCUUCAAAGCUGCCACUGAAAUCCACGGGGACCACUUCGGCUUUCCGUACGGGACCGCAGACAUCUCCUGUCCGCUCCCUUCAGGCUGUGAGACGCCGACCCACGUAGCCAUCACCUCAGCAGACAUGGAGAACGGAGAUCCAAAUGACCUGAAGUUCCUGGAGGUUAGGAACCAAAGAGCACAGACCAGCUUCCCUUACACCUUCACCAGCUGUUUCUCCACCAUGUAUAACUUUACCAACGUCCUCCAGUUGGUGCAGAGUCUGGAGAUGCUUCAGUUCAUGGGCGUGAACAGAGUCGCCAUCUACAAGACAAACUGCAGCGCCGAUACGCAACGAGUGCUGGACUACUACACCGAGAAAGGUUUAGUGGAGGUGAUUCCUUGGUCUUUGUCGAAGUAUCUCAAUGUGUCUCGAAGAGCUUUGCCUAAACAAGAUCCUGGUGACAUCCACUACUUCGGUCAGAUCCCUGCUCUCAAUGACUGCCUCUACAGAUACAUGUACCGGUCCAAAUACGUGGCAAUGCACGACCCUGAUGAGCUCAUCCUGCCCCAGUCAGUCAAUAGUUGGGUUGAGCUGUUGCUGCUUCUGGAGAAAAGAUACGGUGCAGACAAGUGUUAUAUGUUCGAGAACAACUGGGUCCCCAUUGAAUUUGCAUUGACUCCUCCGCCCCCCCAAACCCUGCCCCAACAGGACCAGUGGCAGAACAUAUCAGGGGUGAACAUCCUGAAUCACCUGUACAAGGAGCCCCCAAAGCGUGUGUUUAACAACUUCAAGAUCAUCACCAACCCUCGAUCUGUGUCCACUGUAACCGUCCACGGAGUGUUGAAAUCCCAGAGGGGCUGCACCUGGACCGACAAGAACAUCGCCAGGAUGUACCACAUCAAACCUCGGGGACAAACCGAGUGGAAGCCUGAGCAGCUGAUUUAUGACGGCAGACUGCUGAGCUACAGCGCCCACCUGGCUCCUGCUGUGGACGUUGUGCUCAGAGACACUGGGCUGCUUCCUGAGGACAGCCUGAGCUAGACUCAGCGUCUUUCUGCAAUGUACGCACUUUAAAGGUCUCAAAGAAGCUCUGGACAAGCUCAUUUUGUCCUCACACAAUUAUUAGGAAUUAAAUCAAAACCCUCAGCAUUAACAGAACUAUUAAAACAGUUUGUUUCAUUGAUGCUUUUUACCAACUUUUAUAAUUGAAACUGUGACUUCUGAAUGUAUUUAUUUAAGUGUGAAUAUUAUUCAAUGCAAGAGCAACGUGCCUCAAUGUAAAGAUGCAAGAAUGAGCAGAAUAACUUUAUUUGAUGUGUGCUAAAAGCAUAAAAUGUUUACACUUUCUCCUCCCAUGUUUUCUGAAAACAAAGCAUGGAUCACUACUUUCAUACAGUUUACAGUAAAGCCAACAGAUAUUCUGUUCUCAGUUUGCCAACUGUUUUUCUCACUGAAAGGUCAAGCACGGACAGCUUUGAGCAUUUGCUCUGGCGAUUUAUCUUUCAGGACUUAAACUUUGUUUUACUUGAUGCAUCAAUGUCUCCCGCAUCUCCUUCUGUCUCGUGAUUGUUUGU